GUCACAGGUCAGUGUUUACAUCAGCUGCUUCAGUUGUUGGCACAGUCGGCACCAUGGAUCACAUGCUACCAUCCCCGGGGUUCAGCAUACCCAGCAUUGGGACACCUCUGGCUCCUGCUGGAGAGGAGGAAAUGAUCCUACCAUCAGCUCAGCAGCAGCAACAGCAACAGUCAGCACAGCAACACAACCAGCAGCAACAGUCACAACAGCAAGGGCAGCAGCAACAGGGACAACAGGCUUACAGUGGUGGUUUCACUCCUCAUAGUAUGAUGCAGCCUCAUACCCCGAGUAUGAUGUCACCUGUAGUAGGUGGUGGAUCACAAGUAGGUGCUGGCAUGUUUGGGUCUGCUACAGGACCUUCUACACCAGUUGGAGGCCCCAUGACCCCCAUGACUCCACAUUCCAAUGAUCCAGCCAUCAUACCACAAUUACAAAACAUUGUUUCAACAGUCAACUUAAACUGUAAACUGGACCUUAAGAAAAUAGCUCUUCACGCUCGUAAUGCAGAAUACAACCCAAAGCGGUUUGCCGCUGUAAUCAUGAGAAUUCGUGAACCCCGUACAACGGCACUUAUAUUUUCCUCUGGAAAAAUGGUGUGUACUGGAGCAAAGAGUGAAGACGACUCCCGAUUAGCUGCAAGAAAAUAUGCUCGAAUUGUACAGAAAUUGGGCUUUCCUGCAAAGUUCCUGGAGUUCAAGAUCCAAAACAUGGUGGGCAGUUGUGAUGUGAAAUUUCCCAUCAGACUGGAAGGCCUUGUUCUAACACACAGUCAGUUCAGUAGUUAUGAGCCUGAAUUGUUUCCGGGUCUUAUCUACCGCAUGGUGAAACCUCGUAUUGUACUUCUUAUAUUUGUAUCUGGCAAAGUUGUACUUACAGGUGCAAAAGUGAGAGGUCAGAUAUAUGCUUUUGACAAUAUAUACCCUAUUUUAAAAAGCUUCAAGAAACAAUGA